ACAUCACAACGUUGUGAGUAUUGAGGUAAAUCUUGUACUAUAUUUUAUAAUUUGAUACAGUCAAAAGUGAAACAAAAUGGGGCUACACUAUUUUAAUUUAUUUCUCAUGAAUUGAUGUCUUGCAAAAAAAAAGCACAGCUGUCUCAUGAAGUCAUGAAGCAACAGUGCUGUGUUAUCCUAGAUAAAAUCUUUACAUCCUGUAUACUUCAGUCUUUUUGUGCUUUGUGCAAUUGCAGAAAUGUUAUGACCUUGAAAUUAUAUGAAUUAUCACUAUUUAUUUUAUUUGUAGCAUAGGAUUGCCCUUGGACUAAGUCGGUUUGUAAUACUUUAUUUUAGGGUUUCUACUAAUUAAUAGUUGCUUAUUAGCAUGCAUAUUACUAGAAUAUUAGCCAUUAAUUAGUACUAACACAUAUUAAUUCCUUAUUCUACAUGACAUUAUUCUACAUCCCUAAUCCUACCCAAUAUUCAAACUUAACAACUGCCUUACUAACUAUUAACACGCAGCAAAUUGGGAAUUUAUUGAGGGAAAAGUCGUAGUUAAUAGUGAAUAAGUGUUCCCUAUUCUAAAUUGUUCCCAAAAUGAUGAUGAUAAUGUGUCAGAAAUGUUGUGACAUGGCCUGGUUCCAUUUUUUUUCACUAUACAGUAUUUCUUGCAGGUGCAGGAAAUUGUGGUCGUACCUCUUAACAGUUUGUUUGAAUUAAAUAUUUGUUUAUUAAUGAAGAAACAAAGUUACGUUUAAAGUUAUAUUUUUCCUUUAUAUUAUUUUGUUAUUUGCAAUGCCAAAUGGACAAUAAAUGGAUUGGCAUAUCCGACUUCAUUAUGGACAAUGACUUGAUUUAUUUAAGCUAAAGUACGCAUCAGAAUCAGACUAAUAAAUUCAAUCUGUGUCCCUACAGAACAUAUGUUAAUGUCAUUACUAUUAAUAAAUUUACUUGGCUAGGAUGCUUGCAAUAAACAGGAUAUGUAUCAUUAUAUAAAGCAGUUUAAAUGCUUUUUAAUCUUGUUGUCAUUUCUGUCGCUUCGUUGUAAAAACUGACCCCCUGUUGGGGGUUGUGGCAGCAAAAAAUGGCAGAGAAGCACCUGGCUGCAGCUUACAGAUGGAGGCGGGGCUGCACCUGGGGUGGGGCUGCAUGUGUCCUACUCUGAUUGGUUCGGUCGUCUUUCAUAGACUUACAUGAUAGGAAAUGUGUACGUAGUUGUUGUAGGAUGGAGUAUGUUGUUUAAAAAGCUUAAAACGCUAUGCAGUUUUACAAAGCCUUCCUUAUAAUGCAUAGAAGAAAAAAAAAACAUUAGCCUUUAACUCUCCAUGUCCCCAAUAUUAUGAAGCAAUUGUUUUUAUUAAGCUGAUCUUUAGGCUAACAGACGAACAACCCACUAUUUAAUAAAUGAAUUGGGUUGAUUAUCCACAGUGGGAGCAUCAGGUCUUCAGAUAGAAGAAUGAAUUAUGAAUUAAAUAAUUUUUUGAAAAUUAGAUUAUUUCAUAUCAUCAGAGUAUGAGAAAGAAAAUGAAAAGGAUGUAUCAGUAUUGUUUUAAUUUAUAUAGCAUGAUAAAGACAAUUAUUGUUACAUAUAAUUAUCUGUCAUGCAGUUGAUAAAUUACACCACAAUAGGCUAAUGUGUCGUAUUUUGGGCACAUUAUCUGCUUGUCUAUGAAUAGAAUGCUUUAUUAAUAAUUUAUUUACUGAGUUAGGCCUUAUUAAAACACUGUUUUAAUGCAUUAAGCCACAUACUUUUACGUUAAGGGUUUUAGAAUGUCCCAAUGAUUCAUUUGUGAGUUCGACUGGUCCAGAAGAUUAAACUUGCAGUAGCUAACAUCUUUUGAUUCAAUAAAACAGACGUAAUGCGUCAAGAUAACAAUAGACAACUGUGCAUAAUAAUGAAGGUUUUGUAAAACUGCACAGCGUUUUUAGAUUUUUAAAAAACAUACUCUGUCCUACACCUACACAAGCUUUUAUUGUAGACUUGACAGUUUUCAGAACCUGUUAUUUAGAUCUGGUGUAGAGACUCUUUGGGGGAUAUUAUAAUGUACUGAAUGAUUCUGAUCAGUCAUUGGCUGUUAAACUGCCAGGGGUAGUUUGAUUGGUUGUUUGAGUCUCAGGUAGCUGGGACUGUUGUUGCCUGAACAACACCACACACAACACACCCCUCCUCGCUCCUUAUAGAAAAGGACCAUAUUCUCCUCCAUUAUCUGACCAUCCAGUCAGUCUACUUCUCAAAUUACUAAGGAUCCAACUGUUAAAACACAAUGCGAGUAAAUCCCUUUCUUCUGGUGUUGUUUGGCAUAUUGCUUAGUGGGUAUGUCAUUUCUUUUUGAAAUAUGUAGGUUUUAUUCUUGUCUGUGGUGUUUGGGUCUGAAAUAAAUAACCCAGUUGAAAGGUAAUUUUCCUGUUCAGUUGAAUCCAUGAAGUGUGUGAAAAUAUAUAUUUUUUUCUUUUUGUGAUCUACAUAUUUUGUCCUGUUUUCUCCCGAAUUCUCCUGUAAAACGUAUCUCUCUCUCCCUCUAAUUAAACUGUGCAUUAAAAAUGAAAUAAUGAUGCCAGCAUGAGCUCAUGCACUUUGGUAACGAGAUAUCAAGCAUACGGAAACAUUACACUGGUGGUUUAACUUAUUUCAGUAUUACCCUGAUCCUAUUGCAACAGGUGUCGAAGCGGUUUCCUCAUUCACAGAGUUCUGGAAUUACUUGAAAGUGAAUGAGAAUGUUAAAUAAACUCAUUUUUUUGGGCUACACCUCCACCUCAGUUGGAUAUAAAGAUAAAAGAUUUUGCCUCAACCUAACAAAAGAGCACCAGGAAAACUCGAAAUUACAAUUACCGCAAGGGCUUUCAUACAAACAGCCCAGUGUAGUAGGACCAGAUGGCAAAGUUAUUGCCAUGACGCCGUGGUUAUCCCCAAUUGUAUGGGAAGAAACUUUUGAUCCAUUCCUGAUUGAUACGAUCUACAAACAACAAAACAUCACCAUAGCAACUACAGUCUUCGCUCUUGGAAAAUACACUCAGUUUCUUAAAGAUUUCCUGGAGUCUGCAGAGCAGAAUUACUUUAUUGGAUUUCGUGUGCAUUAUUAUGUUUUCACUGAUCAACCAGAACAAGUUCCUGAAGUGAAACUGGGUGAAGAACGUCAGCUGACGGUGUUGAAAGUCCCUAGCUCUAACAGAUGGCAGGAGAUCACUUUACGCAGGAUGGAAAAGCUGGAGAAACUAAUUGAAAGUCGAUUGGUCAGUGAAGCUGACUAUGUUUUCAGCCUUGAUGUGGACACAAAGUUCUACGGCCGAUGGGGGUCAGAGUCUUUGGGCCGUCUUGUAGGUGUGAUACAUCCUGGUUACUAUCAAACACCACGUGAACAGUUUCCAUAUGAGCGCAGGCCCGAGUCUCAAGCGUUCAUUCCUCAUGCUGAGGGCGAUUAUUAUUAUGGUGGGGCUGUGAUCGGUGGCUUAGUGAAAGAUGUACACGAGGCUGCUAAAACCUGCCGGGAGCAACUGGACAUUGAUGCAGCUAAAUCCAUUGAGGCAGCAUGGCAGGAGGAGUCCCAUUUGAACAAGUACUUCCUUUAUAACAAACCCAGUAAGGUUCUCUCACCAGAAUAUCUGUGGCAGGACUUCAAACCUCACACAAAUGAAGUCAAAAUCAUUCGCUUCUCUCAAGUUAUUAAAAACUAUGCUGCAGUUCGUCCAAACCCAUAACAGAUGUAAACUAUCACAUAUUUAUGGACUUUAUUUGCAAUUAGUAUA